GCGAAGCGAAGCCAGACACUGAAAGCGGAAAUCCGUUCAGGUGCUUCUAUGGUAUGUGCGAUAUGAACAACAAGCUUCCAAGCAACCCACAAUGUAAAGCUUGUUACCAGAAAACUUUAUUAAAAUGACGGGAAAAUACUUAACCCGUACUAUCAAGACUACUAUGAUAGCAGUCUUUACAUUUCAGCUGCUAUCAACAGUGGAACGGCAAGUGUUUGACUUUCUGGGGUAUAUGUGGGCACCUAUCAUUGGAAACUUCUUUCAGAUCAUUGCUGUGAUCCUUGGCCUUUUUGGAGCCUGUCAGCAGUAUCGGUCCUUUGUUGUAGUGUAUGCAGUGUGGAGUCUGUUAUGGUUGGGCUGGAAUGUCUUCGUUAUCUGUCUGUACCUUGAAGUUGGCAUUUUAAACAGGAACCGAGAGCGCUACAUUCUGACAAUUGGUACUGAAAGCAAGUCCUGGUGGCUGGAACAUGGGAUAGGCUGUUCUGUUACCAACAGCUCCUGGCUGGGAUCUUCAGACAAGAGUGAUACAGGCAGGCCAAUUCCUCCUGAAGAGUUUGUGCAUGGAUGCAUACUACAGUACUACUAUGUUGAGGUCAUUCAUGCAGCAGUCCAGUGCCUUUUGUCUCUGUUGGGAUUUGUAGUGUCCUGCAUAACAGUCUACACUUAUCUGGAGGAAGAAGAUGCUUCCAGUCCUGCCAAUGAUGAGCUGGAGUUUGUCAAGAUCCGAAGCCGUGCCACUGCUUCUCAGAAGACCAACGCAUCAAACCCUACAGCUACUAUCAACAACUUUGACAAUCUUGCUUUUGACAAUGAAGACAGUAGUAACUUACAUCGGGUAAAUCGUUCAUCACAUCGUCCCAUGGAACGUCCACCCAGCUAUGACACAACAAUGCGAGGUUCUAGUGCAGAAGAAACCCAGGCUGCCAACUUGUAUUAUGCAUCUGAUCGCCAAAGUGUUCGCAGCAAAGCUAGCACCCGAUCAAAGCGAUCGACUUCUCAUCAAAGGGCAGGACACCAAGGUUCUUUAGGCCGAAGACACAGGGAUAGAGAUGUUGAAGCUGCAAGACAGGACUUGCCGUGGGUGCAGAUCACACCCUCGUCAUCAACUGGUGGGGUUGACCUACAUUUAAGACAUUACCCAUGAAUUGUGAGAAAUGUUCCUUGUGGGUCUUGCGUGGUGUAAGCUGCCACAUUGAUUUGACUGUUAAACAUGGAUUAAAAAGUGUUUGCCACUACUUUUAUCAAAAGGUAUCCUACCCUCCAACCAGUCUUUGAAAAGAAUAUUUUUUUUGAAAGAUUUGGUCUGCCCUGCUAACUAGAUUUUGAAUCUAGAAUGUGUUUUUGCAGAUUUGAUAUGACAAACAAAAUUCCUUGUGAUGCAAUUUCAAGAGAGAAAAGACAAUUAUUUCUCUGCUUGAGAAUUAAUUAGAUGGACCAAGAUUUUAAAAGCAAUGGUUCUGUUUUUAUUUGCACCAUUAUUGUGAUGGAUGUUGACAUUCACAGGCUUACUGCAAAGUUGCCUUCAGAUGUAAAUGUUUCACUACAGUUACUGUUUUAAGCAUUGUUGUCAGGUCUUCUUUUAGAGCAUUAGUAGUCAUUCCUUUAAGACUUGUGUUGUCGUAUUGGCAGGUUGGGAUCGUUUUUGUUAAUAUCUAAAAACAGCUGUCUUUUUGCAUAUCUCAAUAGAGGCCUUCCUGCCAUUCAGCUCUCAAUUGAGCUCUGAAUAGCAUUGACAGGGGAGUGUUUCUAUGGUUUGUCUUCUCUGCUUCUGUGUAAACAGAAUCUGAUGUUUUUAAUUUUUAUAUCAAGAUCUUUCGUUUCAAUGAUUAUUAAAUGUGUCAUCACCAUCACAUUGGUUCCCUCAUUAUUUAUCUGACAUGAAGAAAUCUGACCCCACUGAUCUCGAGAGCAAUAUAUAUUAAAAUUAAAAUAAACUUAGCUUCCAGACAAUGUUGGACUAUAUUACUAUGCCUCCGUUUAUCAUUUAUCUGACCUGUUCACUGUUAACCUCUAAUAAAAUAUUUCAUUUUGUAGAAAUUUUUAUUAUUGUUCUUUGGAAUAUCACCUGUUCCAUUCAAUAUCAUGUUUUAUUGCAUAUAUGCAUGCAUCAAACUUUUUGUGUACGGAUAUUUGUAGGUGCCUAUCUCCAGAGAUUGUAGGUUUCAUUUGUUUUCUUUUUUCUCUCCUUGCUUUUUUGAAAUCACGUGUUUCAAAGAAUAGCGUGGAGAACUUCAUUAGAUGGUGCAAUGCAUUGAAUAUUUUAGUGUGCUCUUCAUUUGGUGCUUGUGUCUAGUUCUAAUGUUAGGUUUUCUGAUUUUCAUAGACAUUACUAUAAGAAGCAUGCUUUGUGUUACAACAUUGUUUCCGAAAUAGCUUUUAAAAAGCCUGUUGUGAUGUGUUUCCAACCAAGGUUUCUUAUGUUUCUGCAUUCCACAAGACUUAACAAAGAAACAAGAAAGAAUAGGCUGUUAAGGCUGACAGCAGCCUGCGUCCUUUGUGUUUAUAUGUUUAGAGCACUUGACAUUACUUGCCACCGGUUGGGCAUGGCAAGCAGAUAUUUGCAUUGUACAGUGCUAUGGGUUUAAAAUUUGUGUGUCUUUCUGUAGCAUACAGUUUCCUACUUUUGAGAGGCUUUGGAAUUCAGUGUCCAGUUCUCUGGGUGGACUCUGUUUCUAACUGGUAAAAAUGCUUCAGAUAAACUUCUCUUCACAAGAAAAGGAUUGAUUCUGCAUCCACAUAUCAUCUGUGCAUAUCUUUUCAUUGUGACUAGGGCAUGAUCUCUCUGUCUUAAACCUAGCAGGUGACUGCCAAAGGAUGUCUUCAGAUUGGGUGCUGGUUUCAUGAAGAGUGCUUUUUGGGGGGUUUCUUUUUUCUUUUUUUUUUUUUGGUCAUUUUGUGGCAACAUUAUUUGCUUGAUAUUAUUCAUUUUGGCAGUUCAAGUUGUUCACCAUCUGUGAGGUAGUGUAACUGUUUGCGCUACUUUAUGCCUGUUGAGCAAGCAAUUUUGCUUUUGUUUUAUCCUUUAAGUGUGUGCCAUGAUGGUAAUUGUGUGUGUGUUGGAUAGACUUUGCCAGCUAAUGUUGCAUGUUGUGGCUUUUAUCCCUUGAUACACAGAGAAAUGGCAAGGCCAUGAGUGACAAGGACGAAUGAUGCAAAGACUUCAAAAAAGUUGAGCAUGUAAAUGGUCUAAAAAAUAGGAGGGGGGGUAUUUUGUGCAUACUAAUUCACAUGUUUACUUGGUGCCUGCCAAAUCAACAUUUUAAUUACCAUUAGAAUUUAGAGUAGUCACAAACAUAUUUUCAAAGCUAGUAGUUGUAUAUGAGGGAACCCUGCAUCCACACAUAUGAACUGUGUUUCGAAGAAAAAGUAUUUCAUACUUGCUUCUUAUCAAUAUAUUUUUUUAAUAAAAUUUCACAAAUACAAUUUUGCAAUAGGUAAAUUUAUGUAAGAAGAAAAGACUUUAAACUGAAUAGGGCAGACAUUGCAAGUUGUAUACACAUAUUUUGUAAGAAAUUCAACAAUAUAUCAAAAAAUAAAUCAUUGAUGAUGUAACUUGGUUCUUUAAUGAAAUUGAUGUUCAGUAAUAUGUUCAGCUAAGUAAAAAGAAAUGUACCAUCUUGUUCAUGUCAGGAAUAUGUUGAGAUGGCUUGCAUCUGUGUUUAAUGUGUGUGCGAGUACGUACAUGCAAGUGAGAGAGAGAACUAUAAUUGUCCUGGCUACAUAGCAGUUUUCUACUAGUUAUUUCAAUGUCUCAACAAGUUUAGUAGAGGUAAAGUGUCUCCUUGUGGCAUUAUUUAUUAACAGAAUUGAAAAGGAAAAUAAACACUUCCUCCUACCCUUGUAAAAUUAUGGAACAUUUUAAGUAUAAUUGCAUCUAAUUUUAACAAUCAUAAGCACUACUGGAAUUUUUUACCUUUUAAUAAUGACAUGUUUAAGUCUGCUGUAUUUUUUAUAUUGGAUUCCCUCAUAAACUAUAAUAUUUGGGACAAAAAAAGUUUUUUGUUUUUUUUUUAUGAUAAAGCAUGUGCUUUAUGACCCAUGUACAUUGUGUGUGUGUGUGUGAGCGUCUCCUGCUGAGGUGAUGAUCGUAUUAUGUACCAUCUGUGCAUAGAUUUUUAUUUUAGGAUGUUAAAAAGUAUAACUUCAGUUCUCCAAAAUUACAGCACAUAUUUAUGGCAAAUUGAUAGAAAUAUGCAAUCAUGCUGAUACAAUAAGCUUUAAAAUGUGUGGAAAUAGUGUAAUACUUGUGCUUAUAUAUACUUUUCUUUAUAUGCUAGUUUUUUUCUUUAAAGAAAUAAUUUUGUUUGGGACUUUGGCAUUAUCAGUGCAAUUUUAUGAAUAGUAAUUCUGGUUCUAUCUUGUUUGUUCAGUGUCUUCAGAGUGCAAGCCAUUUUCAUCUUGUUCACUUUGUUAUCUUUUUACAGCUGACAGAAAGUGUCAGUUACGGUCUCUGUAUGCCACAGGCAGAAUGGUUGCUGUAUGGUAAAGUGCUUUUUAGACAUAAGAACUGUCGCUCAGGGUGUGUCAGGCGUUCGUAGAGUUGCUUUGGGACACUGUAGUAAGACUCGUGCUGACGCCAAUCAAUCCCCAUACUCCACUCCUUUAUCAUUAGUUUUAGUAAACUUGGAGGCUGGGCCAUGAUAUAUAGUUUUUUUUUUUAUUUUGCUUGAUUGGUUAGGAAAAAUGUCUUUCUUAUCCUUUAUCAUUUCCAAUUUACCAACAUUAUAGUCAUUCUUUUAAAUAUUAUAUUUUUCUAACUUUUGUUUCAUGCUAAUUUUGGAUUCCAGAUGUUUCCUGCAAUCAGCAUGCUAGUUGGCAUUCCAUUUGCAAAGGUUGUGAAGUACUUGUGACUGGUGAAAAUUUUGCAUGAAUUGUAUGCGUUCACUAGUAUGUAUAUUUAUGCAUGCAUGUUUACUUGGUGCCUGCCAAAUGAACGUUUCAAUUGCCGUCGGAGCUGUCUGUCACAAAAUAAGGUUCUUUCAUCAGUUUCUGAACAUUUUUUUAAUUCGUGUGUACAAUAUUUGCGAACAGUUUUGUGUUGGAGGCAGAAGAAACAAAUUUUUAUAAGUUUGAGAAUGAAUUAGUUCCUGAAGAAUAAGCUGCUGACCUGACAGCAGUCUGGACAAAGGGAACUUUUGUAGUAUGUUGUACUGUGCUUCAGAAAAAAUAACUAUUUGUUAAUAUUUUACAUUGUUUGUUAGGUAUACUACUGUCAAGGACGUUUUGUAUAAACUUCUAUCACAUCUUCAGUGAAAAAUGAAGUUGCUGUGCACAA